AUCAUGUUAUUUUUAUCAACCAUAAUUCCUUCUUUACGGCCUCAAUCAUGUGAAAUCAACAAAAACUGUGAUCAUACACCAGCAAAAUUUCAAUUCGCAUAUCUCCUUGUUGCAUUAUCACUAGCCACAAUGGGAUUUGGGAGCACUCGAUUCUUGCUUAGCUCUCUCGGAGCUUUUCAAUUUGCCAAGCUGAAACAUCGACGAAACUUCUUCAAUGCCUACAUUUGGGGAUAUGCAGUUUCAUGGGCUAUCAACUAUGCUAUCCUUGGAUUUCUUGUACAAGAGAAGGCUAAAUGGAAAACCAGUUUCGGCAUUGGAAUUGCUGGAAACGUAGUUGGUAUUGUACUCUUCUUGGUUGGUUCUAAAUAUUUUCAACAUAUUAUAGCCCGACCUAAUCCAUUUUUAAGAAAGAUACAAUCUCUACUUUGUCAUUUGUUAAGAAGGUUUAGUGGCAGAAAUAGUGUUCAUAAUAUUCAACGAUCGAAUGUGGAGAUGAUUGAUGAUGCAGUGGUUCGAGGACAAACUUUGAGAUCCCUGAGCCAAGCAAGUUUAAAAGGUCAGGACAACAUGAUGGUGAUGGAUAGAAGCGAAUUAUGGACUGAAAAGCCACAAGACGUAAAUGAAGAAUGUUGGAAAGUUAUCAAAUUAAUACCAGCAAGUUCAGCAGGUGUUAUCUUAAACACAGCUGUAGCAACAAGUAGCACCCUAGCUAUGUACCAAGCGUCCAACAUGGACUUGACCUUUGGGUCCAACUUCAAACUCCCACGGGAAGCCACAACGAUCGUUACUCUCGUAUUCACCGCCAUUACGGUCUCUAUUUUUGACGUUUUCUUCUUUCCGUUGUGGGAAAGAGUGGUAGGUCGGUCCAUGAAGCCCAUGCAACUGUAG